UUACACUUUUUUAACUCACUAACAUUAAAUCAAACCCGUGAAUUGUCACGUUUUGAUUCAAUCUUGCCUCAUAACUUUGGCACAAACACAUGAAUCCUGUUUACAUUUUAUUAAACAUACAGUUAAAAGAGUGAUUAUAUGUUUAUGCACACUGGGGUGUUUUUUUCUGUCUGGAUGAGUUCUUUAAACUUAUUUGCUGGACCGGAGCUGACAAACAAAGCUUUCUGCCAAGAUCUCCUUGUGUGUGUUAUCAUGGGAAUCCAAGACAAACUCCAAGGGAGGUCUCUACCAAAGAGGGGUCAACAGCAGUAGACACAGGGCCCAUAAUGGUUUUGGGUUAGAGGUUAACUUAAACCUUAUUACAAGCAGCCCCCCACACGGCUCAACUUCCUGAAUUUGUUCGUCAUUCACCCCACGCAACGUCUGUGAUCAACGCAUGAACUCAAAGUUGUGAAACAACUGGAACUUUGGAGCAGCGCCCCUUUCACUGUUCCUCAUCCUGUGCCUUCCUUUUUUCUCUCUCUCGCUCUCCCUUAACUGUCCCCCCUCCUCCUCCUCCUGCCAACUCCCCCCAACUCAGGGCUCCUCCUCCACUGAAAAGACACAUUUCCUGAUGUCAUUACUAAAUCAAAAUGCAGCUCGGCAAACAGAUGUUGUGAGAGGCCCAACAUUUGGAUUUAGUGACAUAAAUUAACAGUUGGUCGUGAGAAAACAUAAAGUGCACACUUCAGUGUUCCUUCAUCGCACCUCUCACACUAUUCUCUGUGAAAAAGUAGCUCAGAUGUUGCUCACUCAUGAGCUCCUUAUGUCACAGAAAACUAAAGUUUCCCACACUUGUGGUUAAACAAAAGUGGGGUAUUUUUUACCUAUGUGUCGGAAAAAUAGCAUGCCUUAAAAACAGCUGUCAGCUCUGACUAAUUAUGUCUUCCAGGUUUGUUCAAAUUAGCCCAAAUAUGAAAUCAUGGCUGUCUGGAGAGCACACCCUGCAGAGUCAUGAUUACAUCCACCCCAAAAACACUAAGCCCUAAAUGUUUACUUAUGUUUCCUAUUUGGCAGAGGCAGCCCAAAAGGCAAAUAAAUCACAUGCUGUGAGCCGGCCAGGCCUUCGACUGUGAGAAACUGAGACUAAAAAGCAGAACAAGAGUUAAAGAGUAAAGGGUUUUCAGAUGUGAGUCCAGCCCAGCUUGGGUGUGCUCCCUUUUAUUUGGGAGAAUGGAGAGGACAAUCUCUGUUGCCUCCACCCCUUGAAAAAGGGAAGAAAAUCCAAAAGAAACGUGUGCUGGAGAGGGAAAGAGUUGCUGCCAAGGCGUAGGGUCGUCAGACAGAUCUCGGGAGAACAUCUGCUAACCGCGGGUAACACUGUUUGGACAUCUGGUUACUGAAGGUUACACAGCGUCUCUUCCAUCCUGUCGGGUUUCCUGUUAUGCCUCGCUGUACACAGUUUAAGAAGUUCAGGUUUAUCAUACAUGGUGAUCAGUCGGGAAAAGCGCACCUUUAUUUGUUUUCUCUGACAUGAAGGGAGCACUUGGUUUCAUUGGGGUAUUCCUCUCCUUUCUCUGCGAUGCCACUUAUGGAGAGUCUGUUUUACCAUUUGUUCAUUCAUCUUGUGGGACUAAUGCUCCACACUGUGGGGACUAUUGCAGCAUCUGUUCUGAUUACAGUGCAUCAAUAAUGGAUUGCCUUUCCUUUCUGUUUGAGCAUUCAUGCCUCUUCACAUUUAAGAAUGCAAUGGCAACCCUAAAUGAUACUGACUGGUGCACUUGGGGUAACGUGAGAAGCAUGUACAGUAACCUGAGCUUCUGCACCGAGGAGAUUUCUGACUGUCUCCUGAUCCCGUGGCCCAACCCUCUGGUGGAACAGACUUUUGUGAACAUUCACUCUGAGUUUUUCAAAGAUUGUCCCUCAGAGGAGCUCAGUGACCCGCCGCCAGCCAUCGUCUUUGCUCUGGUGAUAACUCCCAUCUGCCUGAUCCCUGUCAUGGUUAGCCUUGUGGUGCUCAAGACCAAGAAUGGGGAUGGCAGCUCCUGAAAGAGAGAACAGCUUGAUCAUGUGUACCCACAGCUGGACUAUAUAUUUCAACGCUUAUCUUGCAGAGGACAGAACCUUUUGGACACCUGCGCUUCAAACUAAAAAUAUCAGCCACAAAGGACAUAAUGACAUAUGAGGCUCCUCAUGUUAACAGAGACUACCUUUAACAAAAAUAAUGUUAUUAUAAAUGCCAUACUGUGAAAAAAAUUGUUUUAUAGAUUUCUGACAUGUAAGGUGAAAAUUUUUGUUAGUCACAUUCUAUUUGCACAUACUGUUAUGAAAACAAAGCUUGAUCUCAAUGGAGAACCCAGAAAUCAGGGUUAGGAUAACAAAAGCUCUACACUGUAAAAACCAGACAAGUUAAAAAUACUCCAAAUUUCUGUUGAAACGUUUAGUUAGUGGAAACAAGAUUUUAGAGAUUGACUCAACUUGAAAUAGAUAAUUAACACAGUCAUCCUUGAUUAGCUUAUGGGACUCAAAAUAUUAAAGGCAACCAAAAAUGUACAUACAUUAAACUUGAACAUUUAUACAAGUCAAGGUAGGCCAACUUAAGUGACACUGACUGAAAGAUGCACACUGAAUCAAGAGAGUACUGGUCCAUCUUUUUCAGUAUAUCAUCCAUUGCAUAUUGUGGUAGUCCCCUCAGGUGGGACUUCUCUAACUGAGUAAGCAACUUCACUCAUGGUGCAAAGUGUCUCAUGCUCAAAGGCAAUCUAGGAAAACUAUGCAGAUGUAAAACUCAUUUCCACAUGGGUAUGUAUAUUAAUAUAUGGAUGAUGCCUCCUAGUGUCCAACAAAAAGAACUUUUUAAAUUUUUAAAUGGAUGGAUUAAAAGCUGAUAAACUACCUGUAGCCAUUAGAGAGGGUGAUAGUGCCUAGUUUUAACCAUUAAGCAGCUUAGGAUGCGUGUUUACUGCAAUUCCUGAGAUAAACAGGACUAAUAUUGCAUAUAAAUAAAUAGUUGAAGAAGUCGGCCUACCAUGAAAGCAGCAGAUUUUUCAUAUACAGACAUAUGAACAGCAAAACGAGCUAAGCUAAGUUAACUUAAUUAUUCAUUCAAAUGUUCAUUUAUAUGUAAAAUAACUGUUUUUUUUUUUUAUCAAACCACCCCUUACAAACGUUUCAAUUUAAUAUUUAAAUAUAUCUGACAUUAUCAAAACAAUAUGACAGCACUUCAUACGACAGAUAAAUCCUCACAUAUUUUACAUCAAAGUAGUUAAUAUGACAGCAUAUUAUAUCAAGCUGAUAAAUAUGACUCAUCAUAGCCUUAAUCUAGUUAAGAGCUAGGUCAGCUAGCACACUGCAAUAUCUCAGAAAUCUACCGCAAAUGUACAUGCGGCAUAUUCCAGAUGAACAUAUUACAAAAGGCGUUUCACAGGCAUAUCAGACAUUACAGAGAUUCCCACAGGAAUGAAUGGACUUCCUGUACAUCUGCAAUCAUAUGUAUGUGGAAUCAAAGAGUAAGGGAUGACUGCCUAAUUACUUAAAUACAAUUACAAAAAAUAAUCUAAGUGACUGUUUACUCUGCACUCAAAAUGUGCUCUAAAAAUAGAGCUGAAAUAGCCAUUUUGGAUUUUUAGGAUGACAAAACUCAAUUCUUUUAACAACCUUCAACUUCAGUCUGAGGUUAGUCCCCAGAUUAAGGUGUGAUUGUCAAAUAAUUUGAGUACAAUGGCAAAAAUUACUUAAAAUGAUUGAGUACUGUUAACUUAGAACAUAAAAUGAUCCAGAAAGCCCGAUUCCACAGAGAUCAAUGCUUUUUCCUCAUGAUGCUUUAAUCUGUCCCCACAGAUGGAACUUCCCUAACUGAGUGGGUAACUCCACUCAUGGUGCAAAAGUGUGUAAUGUUCAAAGUUAUUCUGGGAAAACUCUGCAGAUUAAGGGAUGAUUGCCAAAUAAUUUGAGUACAAUGACUAAAAAUACCUACAGUGAUUGAGCACUGUUUACUCAAAACAAAAAAUUUGUUCCAUUAACUCAGAAAAACUGAGCUGAAAGAGCUAGUUUGGAUUUUUAAGUUAACACAACUCAUUUCUUCAAACAUCUUUCAACUGUUUGGUCCUACAAUGUAGAUCUGGCUUAAGUAGACCAAAUCUAUUUGUGUGAAACCUCCUUAUUUUUUUUGGAUGGCAGUUUUGUUUUGUAAAUGACAAGGUAAUUUUUAUUACUGAACUCAUCUUGAGUAAUUAUUUUUAUUGCAGCUUUAACCUUACUCAUCUUUGAGCCAGGUAUUUGACAAAGUAUGCAAAGGGCAACUGCAGCAUUUUAAAUCUGAAGUGUAUGAAUGUGUUUCUCCAUGUUUUAUACAUAGAAAUGGUCCUGUAAAUGGGCAAAGGGAGAACGAAAAUAUGAGUUUAGUCUAAUGCACGGAUCUGCUUAUGUGAGUCAUAGCGUCUGUAAUGUUCAGGGUCAUCUGUCACGGGACACAAUGAGUGGGAACGCCUAGAAAAAGGAGCUCUCUUCCUGCUAUUGUCUAUUUUUGAACUGUAACAAAUCCUUCAGCACUUUCCCCCCCAUGAACAACCCUGUGGUCACAUGAUCAGCUAAUUGAUGCAAAGUUUAUCUGAACUACUCCACAUGGACAAAAAGGCUCAAAAUAGUCUCUGCAGUGAUAAACACCGAGCAACGACAAGAAGAUAAAAAUGUUAUCUACUGCUUGAUAAAUGUGGUGGUGCAUUGUUUAGUUUUUGGUGACAAAAAAGCCAUUGUAAGAGCUUAAAGAGCUGGAACAAAAUGUGUAUUUAUAUACUGUGUGAUACUGACUUACUGUACAGACUGAGGGAACAGAUUUUGCCUGCUCUCCCAUAAUGUACUGCAUUGAUUUUGAUGGGCCUUUUUUAUAUUCUAAACAAUUAAAUACAGUUAGAUUGUUG